CUCGUACCGUCAAGACGAAGUGUUCAGUGGCUUAUUGUUGGAUUGGUGCGCGAAUGGUUGGUUGACUUCCGAGGGCUUUCGAAACACUUGCGGAUCGAGCGCAUAAACGACGAACCUCAGACGGCAGCUUUUUUUCUUUCUUGUUUUUCUGCGAUUCGGUGGGAUUGGUGAGGCAGUUGUGCAAUACUAUUUCGGUCGUGUGAGAGGUAUCAUCCGGCAAGGUGGAAUUCGGUAAUCGUCAGCUGUUUGGUGCGUUUCUUGUUUUCUUGCUCGCUACAUGACCAUGGACAGGAGCAGUGAUCGGUUUUAGUGGAUGAGAACGGAAAUAUUCGCAGUUCCGUUUGCGUUCGCCGAGGAUAACGGGUGGAAUCGCGGGAUACAGUGUCUCAAUCGCGAAUCAAAUGCAGUCUCGAAUGUGUUGUCGCCAUCGCUUCGAUAUACCAGUGUUGUUGUGAUUUCGGGUCCGCUGUUGAGUCGCAAAAAGGGGGCAGCGGGUCGAAAUAAGGUGGUGAAAUCGGUAUUGUGCAACCGCUUGGUGGUUGUAUGCUGCUCGUUAUUUUGUGUACUUUAUCUGGCUGGCAAAUGAGGAAAAUGUGAAAAUUGCGCUUCGUGAUUAGUAUUUUUUAUCGGUGUUUUCAUGACGACGGAAAACAAAAUGUUGCAAAUAGGUGCCUAAUAACGCGUGCCACUGAAAGCUAAGAAAUUUUCAAAUAAGCGGAAGUGCGGAAAAAUAUAAUAGGAAAAAAAAGUCACAAGUGCAUAGGGCAGAAGACGGUACAUCCUAUCCGGUUUAGACACAUUGUGUAGCCUCGCUUUUUGUCGCUGAACUGAGUGCGGAGAAGCCGAAUAAUCACUCGAGAUGGGGCGUAAUGUAUGCAAAUCAGUUGCGUACAUUUUCCUACUUAUGCUGAAUGUUGGAUUACUAUUACAGCGAUCGUCAGCACAACAAAGUAGUUUCUACUUCUCCCAGCCACAGACUCGGUUCGUGCCAUCGUUCGAGAGCAGCCGCAACAGUUUUUUUCCUUCGUCCAUCCAGCGGAGUCAACCUCCUGAUUCGUACCAGGAGCAGACACUGUUCGUGGGCAGCCCUGGCCGCCGCACUAAUAACAUCGUCGAUCGUAGCAACGUAGACCCGAGCGAGGAUGGUCCUCUGGCGGCCCGAAGUGGCGUAACACCUACCUACUUCCAAUUCACCUACACGACACCGAGAAGCGCGGACUUAUACGAAAUAUCGCCACGCCCUUUCUCAGCGACACCCCAGCCCAAUUCUGGCUUCCAGUUCUCGCGUGGUUCGCUGAGAAAUGAUUACUUCGGCAAUGGGCUUAGCUCGAACAGAAACUUUGGCGGCGCCAGCACCAGCAAUUCUGGCAGCAGCAAUUCCGGAACCAGUUCCGGUACCGGUUCCAGUGGGAGCAGCCACAGCUUUCGUCAGUCUCAAAGAAAGAGCCCCUUCAGCAGCAACGCCAUUGGGACCAGCCUGAGCAAUAGCGAUUCGGUAACCACCGAGAGUUCCCAGCGUCCAUCUGCGGCGGAAACGGGAACACGUGACCGACAGCUUUCGUACAUCUCACAACGGGCGCGUCCCUUUGGCAGCGACGAUUCGCCGCCAUCGCGAGGCUUCCCGGGAUCGGCACCGGUGCCACAAAGACAACGUAUUCCACCUUCGGCGGCCCGGAACGGCAUUAGAUCCAAGACCGAGGAACCGAACACUGGCAAUCAGCAUCAAGAAUCGAAUAAUGGCAGUAGUAGCAGCAGCAGUGGUGGCAGAUACAGAAGUACACAGAGGCCGAGCCGAUAUCGAUCUACAACAACGGUCGAGCCGGUCACAGCCAAGAGUACCACGGUAGAGAGUGUUGUGCUGAGGAAUCGCUUCGCAGGCCGACCGCCGGCACCGACUACAUUCCGCCAGGCCUUCGACUCGAAGCGUGUUCCCUCGUACAGCACCGGCACAUCCGCCCGGGGGACAUUCAUCAAUUCCAUCAAAUCCAAAAGCACUAGCACCACUAGCACCACAUCGACAACAACGACGGCGAAGCCACCGUCGCACUCUCGCUUCAUUCAUCUUCCGGCUCGUCCAGUGAUCCCAUCGAUUAAUAUCACCCACAAUGGGUCCGCCAAGUCGGCCGAGGUGAUCUACGAUUACGACGACUACGCAGAGGAUGCUAAGGAUAGCAACGAGUUCGUGGAUGACAACAAGGAAAUUAAGGACUUCAAACCGACGUCACAGAAGAACAAUUCGAUCAGUGCGAACGAGGACGAGAAGAAACUGGUCACCAGUACGACCCACAGUGCACCCACAAGCUCCACGGGGAAAGAUUACGAAAACGAGGAACGCGGAGGUAGUUUGAACAACAUCAACGAAAACGAGUAUUACGACGUGUUGCAGGAAGGUACUGGACCAAGCAAUGCGGAAAAAAUCGAGGAUCAUACAGUGAUUUUGACCGAUAACUUCUAUUUACCAAAUGGAGACGCCGAGACCUUCGACGAUGAUUCCGAAGAGGAGGGAGAGGAGGGGGAGGAUUAUACAGAGGAACCGCGGAAGGAUAUCCCCUCAGAAGCCUCGGGUCAAAGUGAUAAGAAGGACACUGAGUCCGCUUAUGACGAUGAAUAUCUUUAUGACGAAGAAGAUCCUCCAAUUAGUACCACGGUGAAACCAGAUGACCAGUCAGAGAUUCAGCCUGCACCAGCUCCAGAGCUGGAGGAUUCAAAGGACGACAUCGACAUGUUGAUCUUCUCGGAGGAAGAUCCAAGGAGACAGUCUGGAACUGUUUCAUCUUUAGAAGAGGUGGUAGCGGAAACUACAAAAGCAGCUCCAAUUGAAACAACUUCCACGACUAGUAAAACACCAACCACGACAACGGAAUCGACCUCUCAGGAGCUGAGCACCACAACUGAACGACUUGCCAACAGUUCUCUGGAGACGGAGACUACUUCGAACGCAACCACGGAAAGUUGGGUUGUUGUUGCCUCGGUUCAAACGAGCAGGAGUGUUUCGGGAGCUAGAUUCUUGCCCUUCCCACAGGUCGAACAGGAGGAAAAGAAGCAGAGCUUGUCUGAGCUCGACUCCAAGAACAGUAACGAGAAUGAUGAACCUGAAGCUACCACACCAAGGAUCCAAGAUGCAGAAAAGAGUACGAUUUCUCCACAAGAAACGGUAAUAUCUUUAUCCGAUGAGGCGGAAAUAACAACCACUGAGAAGACGGUGAAUGCACAGCUGCAGUCUACAGAGAGUAUCAUCGACAAGUUAGACCGAGUACAGUCCGAACUUUCGAGCGGGGUUCUUACGGGAAAAUUCCCAGUGCUGAAGGAAAUGGCUACCGAAGACGUAAGAUUGCCUGGGUCAACUUCGCUACCACCUGUCGUUAUUCGGAAGUUCCAACCUAAUGGCAGAGCUACAACAACUAAGAAAUCGAAACCAGUGCCAGCUGCACCUGUGAAAUCUAAUAAUGCAACGGAAAAUAUAGUCAAGAAGAUCAAUUUUGACGAUAUCGCUGUGGACGACCAGCUGUUACCAGCCGAUUAUAAACAUAAGAAAAAGUUUGGAACGAGCAGUUCAACGUCCGCUGCUGCUUCGAAGGACACGUUGAACGAAGAACCAUUGAAGGCCGAUCUUGGCGGACGUUUCCGACCAGCGAACAUCAGUCGAUCAUAUAAGAGUAAUGUACCAAUCCAGGAACUGAGCUCUUUACUGCCGAAAGACUACAGGGUCAACCGAACGGAGGAGGAAGUGAAGACAACGAAUAAUCUGAAGGAGCUGAUAAGUAAGGUCAAGGUAAACGAUAAGCCCAAUGGUACCUUGGACGUCUUGAAAAAAGCUCAGAAUGUAGAUGUCAGUUCAUUCUUGCCGCCCGGAUUUAAUGCACAGGCAGAAAUCGGUCCCACUACAAAGGCACCUAAAGUCGUCGUCCUGGAAGACGAUGUCAGUAAGCUAUUACCACCUGGGUAUAAAACAUUCAAAACAACGAAAAAACCAACAACGACACCGUCGUCAUCUGUAGUAGACGACGAUAUUGGUAAAUUUCUUCCUCCGGGUUAUAAACCACCAAAGGAUGAACCUAAAAUAGUGUUCGACGACGUUAGUAAAUUACUUCCUCCUGGAUACAAGCCACCAAAGGAAGAAUCAUCCACCAAACCACCGAUUGUGUUCAGUGAAGACAUAAGCAAAUUCUUGCCCCCAGGAUAUAAACCUUCCGAGGAGGAUAAAAAACCUGAACCCGAAAUCAUCGAUCCAACCAGUUUACUGAGCAAAAUCAAAUUCAACGAUGUUUCGGCAUUGGUUCCUAAAGAGUCGAGCACGGAAUCAACCACUCCUAGCAAUGCGGCAAACAGCAAUUUCAAAGUAGUUUUCCCCAGCCGACCGGGCAUUAAAAAACCUGGCGUAGGACGUCCAACAACUGCGAAACCAGUAGUCGCAAAAGGACCAGGUGCACCUGUUAUAACCAUUCACAAGGGACCACCCACACGUGCCACAACCGAGUUCACCGGCUGGCCAACGCCAUCGACUACCCCACUGUCCAUCGAGAAGCUCCUGGAACAACAGAAGCAACAGGAGUUUUUGGAGAAAUUACUUGCUGCAUCUUCAACCAGCACGACCAGUACCACCAGUACAACAACGACAACUACAACAACGAUGAGACCAACCGAGCCUGGUUUGUGUCACUCAGAAUGUGACCUGGCCGGUACAAUUCGCAUCGUUGAUGGCGUCAAGUGGGUGCCUGAGCUGCUGGACCACAACACCGCCGAAUGGAAGCAGCUUGCCAGAGACGUAGAGGCUCAACUGAAUGAGGUUUACAGCAAAGCCCAGAAUCUUAGCACCUGGUACAAAAAGGUACGCAUCGACAGCUUCAGCAAGGGUAGCGUGCUGGUGGAUUAUUUCGUGGAACUGUCCGAUCUUACGCGAGAUGUUAACACGCUGGAGAUUAAGAAAAUGUUCCACGACGCGUUGACACCAGCCCCGAUGCCGACAACCACCAUCGAACCUAGCACGGAUCUGGAGGACGAAGAGGACGGAGAAAAUUCACAGGUACAAAACAGUCGGAUGAACGAGAACGCGUCGGCAGUACCUCGCGUGAAGGAGGUUUUCCUGCUAGGUAGAUUCAAGGUGGAUCCGGUAUCAACUGAUUUCACCGUCAUCCCGAGACAGUAUCAUCCGACGGUAGCUCCCGACGAGGAAGAUUUGCUUCUACCCCAGUGGGCAAUUGCCGUUAUCGUCAUUGGAUUGGCUUCACUUCUGUUCGUUAUACUAUUCGGUGUCACUGUGCUCAUCAAUCGUCAAAAAGCUGCCAAAAAGAAGGCUCCAACGCCCUUGACGGCUGACAUGCUGAAUGAACUGAAUAAGAAUCACAUGGGUGGAAUCGACAACUUUGGCUCAGAAGAUCUGUACAAUCUGGAUGACGCCUGGGAGGAUAACGGACACGAUGUAAAACCUAAGCGCUUCUCCAACUCCAUGCAUGGUAGCAGUGCGUCGAAUAUCUACGACAGCUGGCGUUCGCAGCGUCAUCCUGACAACUAUUACUACGACGACUACGCCAUGAAAGGUUCGCAAUACGCGCCAUCGGGCCACCAUCGGUUUCACGACGCGGCCUUCAUGAUGCAUGAACCUCCGCCACCGGUGAUGGCCAUGUAUCCUCCGUAUCACCAAGCUCCGGCACCACCCAAUAGUCAUUACAACACAAACUCGCGGCGAUACUACCGAGAUUAUGAUCCAAACUUCUAGGUUAAUACUCACCUCUUCCCCACUCCCCAUCGAAUUUGACUUACUAGCCCCUUCAUCAGUCUCCUAGCAUUCCAAGUCGUGUUCGUUCUAGAUAUUACCAUUAAUUCCACUCAGAACUUCCAUUCGAGCAAAAAAUCAUCCUGAGUUGUAGCUUUGCUCAGAUACCUAGUGCUGUAGUUUCAUAUCCCUCAAUUUGUAUUGAAUAAGGUCUUAUCGUAUAAUAGAAUAUUGUCUAAUGUAAAUAAAUUAUUUAUUUUGUAAAAAAAUGAAUAAAAUAACGAAUGAGUAAAAUAUUAUAAUAGUACUA